CUGGGGAGGCCGCCUCCUCCUGGGCCUGCCUGGGCUGCCGCCUCCGCGAUGCCGCUGCUGGUCGAGGGGCGGCGAGUGCGGCUGCCGCAGUCUGCGGUGGACCUCGUCCGAGCCCACCCGCCUCUGGAGGAAAGAGCCAGACUUCUCAGAGGUCAGUCUGUUCAACAAGUGGGACCCCAGGGCCUUCUGUAUGUUCAGCAAAGAGAGCUUGCAGUGACCUCCCCAAAGGAUGGCUCCAUCUCCAUUCUGGGUUCUGAUGAUGCCACCACUUGUCACAUUGUGGUCCUGAGGCACACAGGUAAUGGGGCUACCUGCUUGACACAUUGUGAUGGAACCGACACCAAAGCUGAGGUCCCCUUGAUCAUGAACUCCAUAAAAUCCUUUUCCGAUCACACUCAAUGUGGAAGGCUGGAAGUACACCUCGUGGGCGGCUUCAGUGACGAUCGGCAGUUGUCACAAAAACUAACUCAUCAACUUCUCAGUGAAUUUGACAGACAAGAAGAUGACAUUCACCUAGUGACAUUAUGUGUGACAGAAUUAAAUGACCGGGAAGAAAACGAAAACCAUUUUCCAGUAAUUUAUGGCAUUGCUGUCAACAUUAAAACUGCAGAGAUUUACAGAGCGUCCUUUCAAGAUCGAGGUCCAGAGGAGGAACUGCGUGCUGCGCGAGCUCUGACAGGAGGACCAAUGAUUAGCAUUUAUGAUGCAAAGACAGAACAACUUCGCAUAGGACCGUAUUCCUGGAUGCCGUUUCCACAUGUGGAUUUCUGGCUGCAGCAAGACGAUAAGCAAAUACUAGAGAACCUUUCUACUUCACCUCUGGCUGAGCCCCCCCACUUUGUUGAACAUAUCAGAUCUACCUUGAUGUUUUUAAAAAAAUACCCAUCUCCAAGUACCACAGUGUUUCCUGGAAAUAAAGCUCUACUCUACAAAAAAAAUAAAGAUGGCUUGUGGGAAAAGGUCUCUUCUCCAUGACGCUAAAACCAGGAAUUACCAAAGGCGGAAACUUUUUGGCGAGACAAAGAUCACUGGUAGGGAUUGGAAGAGUGUGAACUUGGAAUCUACACCCUUUGAAUCUUAGGUCUCCUUACACAGUGUCUUUCAAAUGACUUUCAAAAUAAAAUGUUAUUUUGGCAAAGGCAUUUGUUUAGAUUUACUUCUGGCUUCACUAAAAAGUUGCAGAGGAGAAAGAAGCUACCUGCCUUACUGUUCUAUAAGCAGCUAUUCCAGAUACUUAGUAUUUCUACUUCUGUUAAAUUAGUGGAUAAAUUAAAAUUACAGUAGGGUUUGUGAGGAAUCUAGUUAAAACAGUAAACUUCUGUGAGAAUUCAUACAUGUCACAGAUUUUUUUUGCCCAAGAUUAUUUUAGAGGCUUUCUCCAAACCUUAUGUGUUUCUGAAUAAAUGAAAUGAAAAGGUUCAGAAAGAGGAUUUGGUCUUUGCUGUUCUCCAGUACAAUUAUCUUUAAAAUAGAUAAUUUAUUAUGAGGUUAAAUUUAUUGAGAGUUAAAUACAAAGCCACUGAUAAAUCUGUUCUUUUAGAUAUCAUUGAAAUUCCUUAAUUGUGGUUAUUACAUAAGUUAUAUUCUUAAAAACCUUUUUCCGAAGUUGCUAUUGAAAAGGAAGUCAAAUGAAAGCACAAAGGAAGAUUCAUACCGUCACAAUGCCCAAUUAAUAGGAAGAUUUAUAGACUGAACUCAUGGGUAACAAUUUCAAGAACCUUUAUUGAAACCAACAUUCAAAUAGUAUCUCAAGGGUGAAAUUUUGUUUCAACAAAACCAAUUUAACAAUUUCAAAUAUAAAAACAUUUAAAAAUUAAUCUUGUUAGAGGUGAUAAUUUACCCCUCCCCCAUUUCAUCUGCUAUACUUCAUUGCACCAAAUAAAAAGGGAAGACUGUUUAAUCAUCUGCACCAAAACAAUACAAAGGAAAAGAAAAAAGCUGCACUUGGGUGAGUGCCAAAUGUCAAUAAUCACAGCAAAUGCAAGUGUGAUUAUAGGCUUCACGUGGUCUAAGGCUUCCAAUGCUCUGGUCCACACACCCGUGUGAAUUCCCCACCA